AUGAUGGUCCGGAGAGCUUUACGGGCAGCGGCCGCACUGGCCGUGCCUUUGUGGUGGGCAUUGGGCGCCACGACAGCAGCCUGGGCUGCCAAGGACGACCCCGAGAUCCACGUCAGCUCGUUUUCCUACACACCCGACAGCCUCAACUACUUUGAGGACUCGGACGUGAUCCUCUUCCACGACUACGUCGACGGUGUUAUAUUCCGGUCCGUCGAUGCCGGCAGCAAAUGGGACAAGGUGGCGGCCAUCCCGGCCCAGGAAGCGUCGCGUCUCAUCAUGCACGACUUCGACCCCACGCGGGCAUACGUGAUGACAGAAGGCGUGGUGCACUACCGCACCGACGAUCGUGGCAAGACGUGGCAGACAUUUUUCACCGAUGCCGAGCCCAGCUUGUUCCAGUCCGAUUUGCUCGUCUUCCACGCCCACGACCCCAACCGGAUCAUCUUUAACGGCAUGGACUGCAUCGCCGGCAGCUGCAUCGAGGUGGCCAUGUACACGACAGACGGCUUCCGCACGGAUGCGCGGUUCCUGCGCGGCAAUUCAGCCGGCUGCUGGUGGGCCUGCUCGACCGAUUUGUUCAGCACCGGCUCGGCCGACCUCGACGCCAGCCGGAUCCUCUGCAUCGUCAAGGACCCACGGUCGAUCCUCAAGCAGGACCAACGGCUGGUGGUGUCGGAUAACUUCUUCCAGGCGACGACGGCGGACGGGACGAUCCAGGAGUUCGAGCCCAACCUCGACACGGACCGGCCGAUCCAGGGAAUCGUCAACGUGGCCCCGGUGAAGAAGUACCUGCUGGUGGCGACGACGUCGCUCAACACAGACGAGAUGGCGCUCUUUGUGACGGACGACACGCUCCGGUGGCACCGCGCCGUCUUCCCGACGGACCACCAGAUCAACCAGGAGGCUUACACAGUGCUGGAGAGCACUAACUACAGCCUCCAGAUCGACGUGAUGACGACGCGGCCGUCUGACCCGAUGGGCGUGCUGUUCACGAGCAACUCGAACGGCACGUUCUUCACGCGCAACGUGGAGUACACUAACCGCAACCAGCGGGGCCACGUGGACUUUGAGAAGAUCUCGGGCAUCCAGGGCAUCUUCCUGGUCAACCGGGUGGAGAACGGCAAGGCGGUCGACAGCGACCGCGCGCAGAAGAAGAUUGUGACGGAGAUCACGUUUGACGAUGGCCGGACGUUUGCGCCGGUGACGGUGGGCGGCAACGACCGACUUCACCUGCACUCGGUGACGGAUCUGAGCAACAUUGGGCGGGUGUACUCGAGCCCGGCGCCGGGGCUGGUCAUGGCCAUUGGCAACAAGGGCGAGUCGCUGGGCCGUUAUGCGGACGGGAACCUGUACGUGUCGGACGACGCGGGUGUGACGUGGAUCGAGGGUCCGAAGGGCCCACAUAAGUACGAGUUCGGCGACCAGGGCUCGAUCCUGCUGGCGGUACACGACGCAAACGACGUGGGCGAGGUGACGUACUCGCUGGACCAUGGGCGGACGUGGCGGACGGCAGCGCUGCCGGAAGGCCUCCGGGUACGGCCGCUGAUCCUGACGACGACGCAGGACUCGACGAGCCUCAAGUUCCUGCUGGUGGCGGACACUAAGGAGAAAUCGCUCAUCAUCGCGAUUGACUUUGAGGGCCUGCACGAGGCGACGUGCAAGCCGGACGACCUGGAGGACUGGUGGGCGCGGGUGGACGACAAGGGCCAGCCGACAUGCCUCAUGGGCCACACGCAAAAGUACCACCGGCGCAAGAAGGAGGCAGCGUGCUUCCUCAAGGCAGACUUCCGAGACCCGGUGGUGGAGACGACGGACUGUGACUGCACGGACAAGGACUUUGAGUGCGACUACAACUUCCGGCGCAACGACAAGGGCGAGUGCGAGCAGGUGGGACCGGUGCAUCCGCCGGAGGGAGCGUGCGGCCGCGACGCGAAGGCAGACGCGACCUUUAAGGGGUCGUCGGGCUGGCGGCUGAUUCCGGGCAACACGUGUCGGCGCAGCAGCGGGCAGCAGAAGGACGAGCUGGUGCAGCACAAGUGCGCAGACUCGGCGGCGCCGCCGGCAGCACCAGCAUCGGGCAAGGUGGCGCACACGACGCAAGAGCUGGGACUGCAGCGACAGUACGACGGGUUUGAGAAGCACUACCUGGAGCGCGGCGAUUCGAGCGCGGUGGCGGACGAGACGAUCAUCAUGCGGCCGAUCAGCGGGACGUCUGAGGGCGGGCCGAUUUUCGUGACGACGGACCACGGCAAGACGUGGACGCGGCCGGCAGUGUUUGACGACCUGGCAGUCUGGGCGAUCGUGCCGCACGAGUUCUUCAGAGAGGCAGUCUUUUUCGUGACGGCGUCAGGACGGGUGAUCUACACAAUCGACCACGGCGAGCACUGGCACGAGUUCCAGGCACCGUAUCCACCCGACAUGCGCAACCGACGGACGCCGCUGUCGUUCCACGCGGACAAGAAAGACUGGCUGAUCUGGGUGGGCGAGAAGUGCGAGGGCACGGGCGAAUGCUCGGUGGAGGCGUCGUACUCUUUGGACCGCGGCGACAACUGGCAGACACUGCUGCGAUACGUGGAGCGGUGCGAGUUCAUCGGGUCGAGCGCGUACCGGGUGCGGUCAGCCGAAGAGGUGCUCUGCCUGGCGCGGGCACGCGAGGCGGGCGGGUCAGCGGCGGAGAACCCGCUGCAGCUGGUGUCGAGCAGCGACUGGUUCCGCGACCACAAGGAGGUGCACGAGCAGAAUGCCAAGGGCUUCGCGACGAUGGCCGAGUUCAUCGUGGUAGCGGCCGAGGACGGCGAGCGGAAGAGCCUGCGGGCGUUGGCAAGCCUGGACGGCGAGAAGUAUGCGGAGGCACAGUUCCCGGCCAACUUUGACACGCCGGAGCAGCACGAGUACACGGUGCUGGACAGCUCGACGCACGCGGUCAACCUGUUUGUGGCGACGGAGACGCGGGAGGACCAGCGGUACGGCACGAUCCUCAAGAGCAACUCGAACGGGACAUCGUAUGUGCUGAGCAUUGCGGGGGUCAACUGUGACAACCGAUACUACGUCGACUUUGAGAAAGUGCUGGGGCUGGAGGGCGUGAUGGUGGUGAACAUGGUGGCGAACCGGGACGAUAAGGACAAGGCGGCGAAGAAGCGGCUGCAGACGAAGAUCAGCCACAACGACGGGGCCGAGUGGGCAUUUAUGCCGCCGCCAGAAAAAGACCGGGAAGGCAAGGCGUACGGGUGCCGGCCGAAGCUAGGGGCGAGCGAGGGCGGCGAUCCGGCGUGCGCGCUGCACAUUCACGGCUACACGGAGCGAGAGGACAGGCGCAAGACAUAUUCGUCAGCCGGUGCAGUGGGUCUGAUGUUUGGCGUGGGCAACGUGGGCGACAGCCUGGGCGAGCUGGCGACGGCCGACACGUUCAUGACCACGGAUGCAGGCCUCUCGUGGCGCCAGGUGCUCAAGGGCGCGUGGACGUGGCAAUUUGGCGACCAGGGCUCGAUCGUGGUGCUGGUGCCGCGACACGGCAGCACGCGGACGGUGCAGUUCACGACAGACGAAGGGGCGACGUGGCAGGAGUACCAAUUCAGCGAAGACGAGGUGGAGGUGCUGGAUAUCACGACGCUGCGGUCGGGGGCCUCGCGCAAUUUUCUGCUGUGGUGUCGACGGGGAGGCAGCAGCGCGGCCGUCUUCACGAUCAACCUGGACUUUACCGGCCUGGCCGACCGGCCGUGCGAGCACAACGACAAGGACGCCAAGGCGUCGGACUACUACCUCUGGUCGCCGUCGCAUCCGCUGAUGCCGCAGUCGCAGUGUCUGUUCGGACAUGUGACGCAGUAUCUGCGCAAGAAGUCGGACCGGACGUGUUACAACGGCUUCCGGCUGCAGCACCUGUACAACACGGAGAACUGCACGUGCAGCCGGCGAGACUAUGAAUGUGACUACAACUACGAACUCGACAACCACGGACAAUGCUCACUGGUGCCGGGGCUGGAGCCGCUGUCCAAGGAGCAGUGGUGCAAGGAUCAUCCAGACGCCGUGGACUACUACCCGCCGUCAGGCUUCCGGCGCAUUCCGCUGACAACGUGCUCGGGCGGCGACGAGUUCGACAAGCAGACGGUGCCGCAGGCCUGCAGCAACCACGAGGACGAGUUCCAGCGCAAGCACCGCGGUCCAGGUGGCCUGGUCAUCUUCUUUGCCGUCGUCAUUCCGGUCAGCAUGGCUGCUGCCGUCGGCUGGUGGGUCUACAGCAACUGGACGGGCAAGUUUGGGUCCAUCCGGCUGGGCGAGAACGGCACGUCACGUUUUGCGCUCGACGGCAACGCUCCAUGGUUCAAGAUCCCGCUGAUGGUGCUAGCCGGCGCUGUGGCUGCCUUGGGCACGCUGCCGCUAGUAGCCUCGACCGUGUGGCGGACGACGACGGACGCGUUGGGGCGCUGGACCGGACGCGGCAGUGGUGGUGGUGGUGGUGGUGAUCGCGGCCGGGGAGCCUGGAGCCGGAUUGGCCAAGGCUUCGGCUUUGGCAGCAGUGGGCGUGGUUCAGGCGGCACGCGACGGUUUACCACACGUGACAGCUUUGCACGUGGCCGGGGCGACUAUGCGGCCGUGGACGACGACGAAGGCGAGCUGCUGGGGGAUGACAGCGAGGAUGAGGUGUAG